CAGAGUAGAGCAGCACAGAUACACAGCAGAGUCAUCAAAGCGUAGGGCAACAUUUUAUUUAUGGCUUAGCUUGUUGAAAAGUAGGCCUACUUCAUCCAUCAUGACGUCUCUUUAUGCAAGAAGAAUGGCACGACUUAGUGCUCGUAUUUUUGGUGAUGUUUUCCGUCCCACAACCCCUCAAUCAAUGAAAGUGGUGCAGCUGAUGAGUGAGAAGCCAAGAGAACAUCGGACAGAAGUUGUGGAAUAUUAUCCGCCUCAUAAUGAAGUAUACAAAUUGAUGAAAACACUCAGAUUUCUAGGUCUUUAUAGGGAUGAACAUGCAGACUUCAGUGAGGAGAUGAAGAGAGUUGCUCGUCUGAAAGGAAAGGCACCUCCAAAGAAGGGAGAAGGAAAACGUGCAAUGAAGAGGAAAUGAUGAACACUAAAGCUCACUGUAUUGUAUUCAGAAACGAUCUCAUCCAAUCAGAGUGGAACUCAGGAUAUAUGACCUUUACAACAGCCACAGGUGCAAAGUGUUGAAUAUUUCAGCACUUGACAUUUAAAAACAUUUUUUUGAGAGACCGCUUACCACUUCAAGGUCGGCCUACACUUAACAGUCACCGGAGGCACAUUGUCACCUACUCCUGGGGCUGAAACAGGGUUAUCCCCCUUCACAGUCCCUAAGGUUGUAUCUCUAUCUGUAUCUGUAUAAUUACGCCAGCAAAAAAAAACAUUUCUGAAGACGUAUCACACCAGCUUGAGAUGUAGGUGUGGGUAUCAUCCACCAGGAGGGCACUACCUUCCCAACCUUACAAAGCAAUAAUAUGGUUAAAGCGCCUUGCUCAAGGGCUGUAGUGUCAUGGCCAGGAUUCAAAUUCCCACUCUGCUGCUGACAACACCAAAGCUUGGGUUCGACACCACUCAACCACGACACGCCAUAAUUGAUUUGUCAUACAUUGUUUUCUCUGCUAAAUGUAAAUGUAUGUAGAUAUGACAGUCCCACCCAAGGAUCUCAAUAGUUCAUCAGCGCUUUUAUCAAGGCCAGUGACUUAUGAUUGAGUAAAAUGAAUGUACUUGAUCUAUCUCUAGUUGAUUGUCCACAUAAUAACAUAAUAAUAACAAUAUUGAAGUCUUAUAAAGCGCACGUAUCUACCAAACAAGGUACUCACGGCACUGAGUAUAUACAAACUUUCAGAAAUAUAGGUUAUGCAGUGAUUAUUUCUGAGACCCAAUUAUUUAGCACCUUCUAAGAGUUUACAAGGUGCUACUGCGCAUAUAGCAGCCACAGCCAGGAAC